AUGCCGCGGGCCAUCGUCGGAAGCGGGGGGGGAGGCACAGCAACACGUGGUGUCGCCUGCAUAGGCAGGGCCAUCGAAGGCAUCAUCGCACGCGCCGGCACGGCAGCCUGGCGCAGGGCCGGAGCCAGCGUGCGGAGCAACAUGGUAACAGAGCGACAGACGGCACGGCUCGAGAAGACGAAGUUGGCACGUGAUCGAAACCCUCCCUGCUGCUCUCCCACGCUGCGUCGCUGGUCGAUGGCGCCGGGGCUCGCGGCAUGGGGCAUCACGACCUCUGAGCAGCUUAUCCAGCUACUUAAACAGAACAAGAAGGGAGAAAAUACGCUCCCAGGCUCAAAGAUCCAGAUUCUCCAGAGCGCGUGGGCUGACGAUCACGUCUAUGUGCCGAAAAAAGCGGAACUCCUGCUCGACUGUGCGCUCGAGCUGGUACUUGCUAGCACGCGCACGCCACACUCUGAGUCGACGCCCAAGUUCCUUGACAGUGCAUACUGGGCAUUCCUCGGCACGCUGCUCGCCUCGGCGCAUCUCGACGAAGAGCACUUGCACAGCGCCGUGGCAAAGCACAAUGUCUUUGCGCUAGUGGCGGCCCUCGGCCCGCGCAUUUCGUCGGACUUGUGGCACGAUGUAUGCCCAGUGCUCACAGUGGUCCUUCCGGUGGCCAUCCGACGCAUUGGCGCUGGCCAAGUCGACACGGUCAAUGCGUGCUUCCGCGAUCUCUUGCAGGCCAUGCCGACGGUCAGCGAGCCACGCCACUGGCCCGCGACGCGGCGCCUCUGGGAUGCCAUAUGCAUGCGCUGGUCGCCACUCUUGGAACUCGGCGCGAAUGCAAAGAAAACAGCGCGCUUUUUUGUCGCGGAGUCGCUCCUGCCCUGGGCGCACGCGUUUGCCGCCUUGGCCGACCACGAUUCGGACGAGGCCUCGGCUCUGCGCGAUGCACUAGGCGUGGUGGCUGCGCGCUCGCUCAGUGGCGCACCUGCUCUUGGUGCACAGGCGGGCCCCACGCUGCCCGAGUCGGUCGAGAGCCUUGUGCCUGCGGUGACCGAAGCGCUGACCGGGCCCGACGCACCGGCGAUGCUGCCGGCCAUCCCCGCUCUACUCGAAUAUCUCGUGGAAAGCGCACAUCGCCGCAAUUCUGUGCAGGCACCCCCGCUGCCGAUCCGGCAACAGGCGCUCGACCGGUUUUUGGCGCCUAUCUGCACGUCGCUCCUUGCACGGCCAGACAGCCUCACAGUACUGUGGCACCUCGUGCAGCAAAUUGAGCGCCUGCGGCUGUACCAACCAGGCGGCGAUGACCAUGACGCAUGGCUGGCCCUAUGGACGCGCCUACAGAGUCACACGCUCUCUGUGCUCGACACUGCGUCAGAGGCGGAGACGCGUCGCGUGUGCUUCGACAUGAGCACGUCGCUCUGGCACAGGGAAGCAGGUCUUGUACGGCCUGCACUCCCCUAUAUUCUUGCCCGCGCUGUGCCUCUGCGCGACGACGAUGUGGCAUGGCCUGCAGCUCUGGCGUUUGUACACACGCUCUUGCACGAUAUGGCGCAAGAGCGCCGCAUGCCUGAGCUGCUAUCCAUCCUGCGUGCGACUAUGGCGCGCGUGUGUGAUACAGGACCUGAGGAUGUCGGCGCGCGGCUCGUGCACAGUCCCGUGCUAUGCACGCCCACAACGCUGCUUUGGCGCAAGCAACUUACCCAGCACGUGUCGGCCGCGCAGUCGGAGCCCAUGUGGCACGAUGCGCUGGCUGAUGCGCAGCGGCACAUGUCGCCACCGACGCCCCAGCUUGCAUGCGCGCUGCACGUCCUGCUCCUACUCGCACAAACGCGGCCCAUAGUGGCCGAGGUUGCGCAUCUCGUGGCGACUUGCCUCGACCUCGGCGUCGAGGCGUAUGUGCGCGGUCAGGCACCGACCCAGCAGCGCCUCCUAGCUGGUGCACUGCGUCUGCACACAGCCCUUACGGUCCAGGGCGCGUCUGUACCGCCACUGCCCCUGGACGCGCUGUGUCGCUUGCUCGGAACGGAUAGUACGCUCCCCGAGGUACGUGUGGAAGUGGUCCGUGCCCUGUGCUGCCAUGCAGAGCGUACCCAGACGCUUCCGCCCAUGCCCAAGCUGCCCGACCUUGUACGUGCCGGCCUCGAAGGGCACACUGUCGAACCCUGGGACGGCCAGGUAUGGGGUCUGACGGCGCAUGCGCAGGAACCUGUCGCGCUAUGGCGCCUCCUCACGACGCGCUGGGCGCCUGUUGUGGAUGCCCAUGCUCCUGAGACCUUGCUCAACGACCUCGCCGUGAUCUUCACGGCCACGCUUGCACCCAGCGCCCCGUCACUGCUCGCCAAGCUCAGCGUGCAGGCGCUCCACGACGCGCACUUUCUGGAGCUUCCGCGGUGGCGCCACGCGCUCAUGGCCCCACUGGCAGCUGCACUGGACGUCUCGUCAACAGCGCCAAGUGCCGUGCGGCUGCUUGCCUGUGUGCCGACCGAGUAUGUCGGUCGCGACGCAGUGCACGCGAUCGCGCCGGGGCUUUGGCGGCUGACACGCCGCGCGACGCCGGAUCUUAUCGGGACUGACGCGGCGCUCCUCCGUCUCCUGCGCCGCUGGCUGCACGCCUACGCCCCCGCCGCAGCGCCGCCCUUUUCGCUGGCAGCCUACCUGGAUACCCUAGUGCAGUGGCCCAGCCUCCCACACUCAGUGUCAGAGCGCGCUGCUUUUCUGACCAGCAGCAUGCAGCUGGUUGAUGCACUCCUCUCCCAUGCGCCGGCGGCAGUGUGUGUGCCAGACGUGCUGGCCGUCCUGCAGCGUGCUCCGGCCGGCUGGGGCGCGACUGUGGCGUUGCAUGCGCGAUCGCAGCUUCUGCGCUGGGCCGCUGCAACGCAUCCGCCGUGGGCCACCGAACUUGUCCCUGAGACCACCGCGCUGGGCGAGGCGGUCGAACAGGCUGUGGCGCCGCUCACGCACAGCGCACGCGUAGCCACAGAUGCUGGCAAUCUCGCAUGCACACUUGAUGUGGUCGCUGCGCAGCUCGAGCUCCGCGCGCCUAGUGCGCCGUCGCUUGAGCCUGUACUGCCAUGCGUGUUGACGCGCCUCGAGUCCCUCACGUUCGCCGUGCGUGCUGGCGAGAUUCCCGCCGCUCCCACACGCCCCCUCGCCACGAGCCUCCUUCAAGUGCUUGUUGCACUCGGCCCGCAUGUGGCGCCUGCCUCGCGAUACGUGGGACUAGGUGUAGCUUUAGCCCAGCUGCUUCGCACGUUUCCCACAAACGACCAUUUCUCGGCGAUCUGGGUCGCGCAGGUCGCUCGCAUGAACCCGGACGACUAUGAACGCACGCUGCACGCGCUCAGCUCGGCUCUUGAGCCGGGCACGGCGUGCAAGCCGCCCGAGUGCGCGGCGCUCUUGCAGGUGCUAAGUCUGCUCCUCCAGCACGGCGCACCUGGCACGGGACGCCCGGCGCGCAUGCACUUUUCCGCGCUGCUCGUGCGCUUGGCCGUGCUCCUUCCCGACAUGCCUACAAUCACGCUCGCGGCCGUCCAGCUGUUGGAGCAUGUGUGCCAGAACCGUGCGCGGAUGCUGCGUGCACCCGAUGUGCCGCGACUGUUGGCGCUAUUGGGUCAGGUCGUAGGCGCACGCUCGUCGCCACCUAGCGCCGCGGACGCCUCGGCCAUCUACCAGAGCGUGUGCGCGACACUUCGCGCCCUCGUGCGGCAGCGCAAGGAUCUCGUGCGGCCGUGCCUGCCCCACCUGACGGACCUAAUUGCGCGUCUGUGCCUGCUGCUCUCGAGCUUUGUGCGGGCGCAUACCGGCGAGGCGCUCGUGCGUGAGAUCGCCGCAGCGCUACCAGCAUGGCUGGACGUGGCUGCUGCACCGCUCACUAGCAGCGAGGCGCGCGCACUCGCGCGUUUGCUCUCUGAGCUGGGAGCCAAGACGAGCACAGCGGCGCCGGCUGCGAAGCGUGCGCGCCUCUCGCACGCCACCACCGAGUCGCUGCGCAAGCCCUUGUCGAAAUAUGCCGUCUACAUGCUGCUGGCCUAUGUGCGAAGUGCUACAAUGCCAUACACAACCAUCGCCGCGGCGCUGCGGACCGAGCUGCAGCCGGGCCUCUUUGUGCUGUGCGAUGUGUGCGGCGAGCAUGAGCGGGAUGCCGCUUUGAAGCAUGCGCUCGAUGCAAGUGGCCAGGUGGUGUUCCAGGCCCUCUGGGCCGAUUGGGAGCGCCAACGAUACAAGGGCACCUAA